AUGGCCACCUCCAGCAAUCCUCGCACUCCACUCAGGGAGUCCAAGACGAAGAGGAACACCGAUCUGGACAUCUUCGGACUGGGCUCCGACGAUGAUCUACCCCCCACGGACCCCCGGCACGCGAACAUGACGAUUGAACGCCUCUUCAGCGAGGGCUACAUCGUCACCGGCGGCUUCUCGUACAACCACCCUCAGUUCGAGAGGGAGAUGGCCAAGUUCAACGGCGUGAAAGUGAACGGGAAACCGACCUGGCAGAAGCAACCCAGCGGCCCCUCCACGUUGCACAACAACAUCGUCGUCACCGACCACUUCCGUUCGCUGGCCCCGUUCCUAGGACCGUUGGCGAAGUUGUGCAAGCCAAGGCCGUCGACCGACCGCCUGUUCACCAAGCAGAGGGUUCAACAGUCCAUCAAGUCCGGCCGGCGGCACCAUGACGCCAAGAACGCGCCGUGGCGGGUGUGCGUCACCGUCGCCAACCUCUCUGCACCGAAAGGCCUCAAGCAGCUGGAGAUUGGGAUGACGGACGCCAGCAAGGCGAAGGGUGGUGGGGCCGUCAACCCGUGGCAGCUUCAAGCCGAUGGCGAACCGGACGCCAGGCGGUUCGACUGCGUCACGGGGUCCUACCACGUCAUGGACACCGUGGCCACCGGCCUCGACUCACACGCGCAUCACCAGGCCCUCGUCAACAAGGAGCUCAUUCUGAAGCACGGAGCGCUCACCACGUUUGUGCUCGAUCUCGACCCGGUUAACCUCGACACGUUCAUCGAUGACGUCGCAGAGAUCGCACGGGGUACUGCGGACGCGGUGAUAGACGGCGUAGGCGAAUCGGCGUACGUGCCACCUCCGACAGCCGCACAAAUGGGCACCUCCAGCUAUUCGCAGAAGUGGAGGGACUGGAACCAGCAGCAGAAAUAUACAAAUCUGGAGAACUACCUCCAACAACGGCGAGAUACAGGUGAAUAAGAAUCGGUGUAACAAGUCGUUGAUGGUUGAAAGUUGACAUCUACGCGUCGGUAUUCGUGCAACAAAUUCAGACCUGGAGGCAUCACUCGUUCCUAUCCUUCCUACCAUGCUCAAAACGACUAAAUGGCCCGAAUAUUUCCUCGGUUGCCUCUGUUGUUGUUGUUGUUGUUGUUGUUGUUGUUGUUGUUGUUGUUGUUGUUGCCUUAAGAGCGAGCAACUGGUGCAUGGUUGGAUUGAGCCUGUUCCCCCCGCCCGUCGUGUUCGUUGCGCGCGUUUCUGUUUGUGUUGUUGUAUUGCGUGAAAAUAUUCUUCCUGAAACUAACCCUCUCCCCUCCUCGUGUAUUUGGUGCUAUUGCAUCCCGGCUUUCACUCGUCGUCCCACGGAUCUGGGGCACUCCAGGGAGGAUCGGAGGCGUUUCUGUUUGUGUUGUUGUAUUGGGUGGAAACAUUCUCAACAUGUCGUUGGUAUCAGUCCUGGCGUAAGCUCACCACGAUUGGAUGAUGUCGCCGUUUUCUUCCUUGUGUUCGUCCACUCUUUCUUUUUCAUUUUCUUGUACGAUUCGUUAACUGCCUCCCCCCCCCUCCGUAGGCCAAGAUGGGGACAGGGACAAAAAGGGGGAAGGAGGGGGGCGAUCAAGCGGGAAUAAAAACGGUAGUGAAGCCGCCUUUGAACCUUUCGUCGAGGUUGCUCCCGGCGUGGCGUUGAUCUGCGCGAAGGACGGUUGCACUCAGGAGUGAGGGCAGCUUCCCGGGGUUCACCGAAUCAACGGGGGCCAUCCAGGCGUGGCAAGAGGGAUCUAUAACGAGGCCACGAAGAUUGUUUUCGUCAAUGAGGAGAAGCACUGGGCGGACAAGGGUUGGUGCAGAUCCGCCCCUGGUGCCACGGUUACCAAGGACGGGGUGGUGUACAGCGUGCACUCGAAACAACCCAGGUACCUGAACAAGGUCGCCCACGCCUUGAGAAAAACACCCGCGUGAAAGAAGGCGACGACGUCGGCGAUGGCGAGGACUUUUCGGAGGUGACUGUGUUGUGUCAUCACGACAAAGAGGAAGUGAAUAGUCUAGUGUACGAGAAAAGUUAGGAUUGUUGCUUGUGUUUCGCUUGUGGGGUUGGUCGCCCUCGGCGUCAACAUCACGAUACAUGCACAAGUCUAGAGAAAAAUAGAGACAGAGAGAGACAGCGAGACGAAGCGAAGAGGGACUCAGAGAGAUAGAUAGAGAGACUCAGAG